AUGCAUUCCUCUGAGGAGGGACCUACUUUCUCAGAGACAGGGCACCCUCUGACACCCGCGUUCAGAUCUCUGGAACCUCCACAUGUGGUCUCUAGAUGGGACGCGGAGGUCCUAGUUGAUCUACCCCAGGUGGACGUAGACAUCAUCACUUCGGCAAGAGCACCCUCUACGAGGCGUGCCUAUACCUUGAAGUGGAACCUGUUCGUUGAAUGGUGCUCUUCUCACAGGGAAGACUCCUGGAGAUGCCCGAUCAGAGCUAUGCUUUCCUUCCUCCAGGAGGGGGUGGAGCGAAGGCUGUCUCCCUCCACCCUAAAAGUGUAUUUUGCCGCGAUUACUGCACAUCAGGAUCCUGUAAAUGGUGAAUCUCUGGGAAAGCAUGAGGAGUUCCUGAGGAGCGUGAUGAGACUGAAUCCUCCUCGCCCUAACUCCAUUCCCUCUUGUGAUCUUUCUCUGGUGCUUACAGCAUUGCAGAGAGCCCCCUUUGAACUGCUGCAGUCUGCAGAGCUGAAAAUUGUCGAUGAAGACAGUGCUCUUGACUGUGCUGGCUUCCAUCAAGAGGAUCCUGAGGGAUCGGGUACUGAUACCACAGACUUACCUGGUACCACAGACACUCCUGCCACUACAACACAAGGUCCCUGUGAUUCAAGUCCUUGUAUCGGAGACAGUACCUGUGAUGCACGGUUUGACGGCACGUUUGUUUGCAUCUGCCGGCUUGGGCUGGUUUACAAUCAAAUAAGCGGCUGUGUUCAAACAAAGGUCUUCCCUGGUAGUUUAACGUUGUCUGCGAUGUUUAAACCAGAAAUGACUGACAGGAAGUCUAAGGAGUUUCAAAUUGAAUCAAACAGAAUAGAGAAUGAGGUAAGAGACCUCAGUAUAGUCCUUAAUGGCAAUGGCUACAUACGUUCCAUCGUUUUGAGUCUAAGUCAAGGCAGUAUAAUUGCAGAAGUGCAGAAUUUCUAUGACAUGCCAUCCACUGUCACAAAAGAAUUGGUUGAAUCUCAGAUUCAAGAAGCAAUUCUUGAAAAUAAAAUAUCAGGCGCCACUGAAUUCAAAGAAAACUCAGUGUGUGAUCUUGGAGCUUGUGACAGUACCACCACAAACUGUGGGGAACUGGUUAGUGGUGUUGCAAUGUGCACUUGCAAAGAAGAAUAUGUCAGAUCACAGGCCACAUCUCAGGCCUGCCUUGCUUGUCCAAAUGGGGAAAAGGCAGUGGAUUCAAAAAUCUGCGAAAAAUGUCCAUUUGGCUAUGCUGGGUUCAACUGCAAUGAUCCAUAUCUUUUGGUUGUGAUCGUGGUGUCCACUGUGUUGGGUGCAUUGCUGGUCAUCUUUAUUGUGGCCCUGAUAGUUGUAAGCUUCAGGAAUCAGAAGGGAAACACCUCAUCCGAGGUAGACUUUAGCUCAAGCUAUGGAAAUAAGGAAUUACAUAAACCUACAGGAAUUCCCAGGAUCCCUCGGGCCAACCCUGAUGCUAGCUGGAAGUCUAACAAUCUGGAGAUGACCAGUGGGAGCAAUCAGGCACUGGUUAUCAGAGAUCGCCCAGAAAGCAAAGCGCGCUACACUGAUUUCGAUGAGGACAUGAGCUAUAGGGGUCACGUUCCCCCAGCGUACUCGGGCUACAGUGGGAGAGGAGUGGACAAUGGUGGUGUCCACAACCCAUACUUUCGACAAGAUGAUGACAGAAUGCGCAGAUAUUGA